UUGGCGCCACUGAUAUAGUGCACACACAGAGAGUAAGAAGCUUUUGGAAGAAAGAAGUGAUUUUUUGCUUUUCUGCUCAGAAAAGUCGUGUUUUCUCCUAAAAUCUUGAGUUUAUUUUCAUUCGCGGACAUGACGAAGCUUUCUGAAGGCGCCAUUGAGGCUCUGGCUAAUGGAGUCACCACCACUGAUCCUGUGCUUCAGUUAUUGAACAUCCGCAGGAUAGAGGGAGGCAGUGGUCCUGCUCGCUACCGAGUGAUGAUGAGCGACGGACAGAACACGCUGUCCUCGUUCAUGUUGUCCACGCAGCUCAAUACUCUGGCAGAAGAAAACGUCCUCGUCCCAAACUGUGUCUGUGUCCUCAAGAGACACGUGACCAACAUCUUAAAGGACGGCAGACGCGUGGUCAUCGUCGUGGAGAUCAACGUCGUCAAAAGUCCUGAAGAAGUCGGAGGAAAGAUCGGAGACCCGACUCCGUACAUUGAGGGUCAGAGUCGACCUCCAGCGUCGGCUCCGGCUCCUGAGGUUCGUCCUCUGCAGCCACAGAACAGAAAUGAAACCGUGAACAGAGGCUUCAACAGAGACUUCGGGAAGAAGGCGACAUCUGCUAUGCCCAGCACUCCAGGGGGCGGGUCCAAGGUGGUUCCCAUCGCCAGCCUUAACCCGUACCAGUCCAAGUGGACCGUCCGCGCCCGCGUCACCAACAAGAGCAGCAUCCGAACGUGGAGCAACUCCCGCGGUGACGGGAAACUGUUCUCCAUGGAGAUCGUGGACGAGAGCGGUGAAAUACGAGUGACUGGCUUUAACCAAGAGGUGGACAAGUUCUUCACCCUGAUUGAAGUUGGAAAGGUUUACUACAUCUCCAAGGGCUCGCUGAAGAUCGCCAACAAACAGUACACGUCGGUGAAGAACGACUACGAGAUGACGCUGAACGGAGAGACCACCGUCAUCCCCUGCGAGGACAACUGCGACGUUCCCAUGGUGCAGUGCGACUUUGUUCCCAUCGCCGACCUCGAGAGCAGAGAAAAAGACGCCGUCAUCGAUGUCAUCGGCGUGUGUAAGAGCGUGGACGAGCUGACGCGUCUCACGACGAAGGCCAACAAAGAGGUGUCCAAGAGGACGCUCAGUCUGAUGGACAUGUCCGGGAAGGUGGUGUCCGUCACGCUGUGGGGAGAGGAAGCGGAGAAGUUCGAUGGCGCCGGUCAGCCCAUCUUAGCCAUUAAAGCGGCGAAGCUGUCGGACUUCGGAGGCCGGUCUCUGUCGGCGUCCUUCAGCAGCACGAUGAUGAUCAACCCUGACAUCCCUGAGGCGCAUAAGCUGAGAGGCUGGUACGAUAAGGAGGGACACACCAUGGAGGGACAGUCUCUGACCGAGUUGAAAGGUGGUGGCGGAGGAGGAAACACCAACUGGAAGUCUCUGUCUGACGUCAAAACUGAGCACCUGGGGCACGGAGACAAGGCAGACUACUACACCUGCAUAGCCACCAUCGUGUACCUGCGUAAGGAAAACUGUCUGUACCAGGCCUGCCCGAGCCAAGACUGCAACAAGAAAGUGUUGGACCAACAGAACGGCAUGUUCCGCUGCGAAAAGUGCGACAAAGAGUUCCCCAACUUCAAGUACCGUCUCAUUCUCUCUGCAAACAUCGCAGAUCAUUGCGAUAACCAGUGGGUGACGUGUUUCCAGGAGAGCGCUGAGGCCAUUCUGGGCCAGAACGCUGCUUACCUGGGUCAACUCAAAGAUUCGAAUGAAACUGCGUUUGAUGAAAUCUUCCAAAACGCCAACUUCAACACGUUUGUCUUCCGUAACAGAGUCAAGCUUGAAACGUACAACGAUGAAUCCAGAAUCAAGGCCACGGUUCUGGACGUGAAAACCGUGGAUCACAAGGAUUACAGUAAGAGGCUGAUCAUGAACAUCAGGAAGCUGGCGGCUCAGUAAAAACCUGACAAACUUCUCCUGAAGCUUUUGUUUAUGUGUUUGUUUGUUUGUGUGUUUGUUUGUUUUUGUGUGUGUGUGUGUGUGAAUAAUCCUCACACUCCUACUUUAUUUCCUUUGUAAAAUAAUGAUUUGUGUCUUCAGUGAUGGUGAAUAUAAGAACCAGCAUUUAUUUUGUGCACUUGUUUGAGGCGGAGCAGAGACUGUCUGUCUGUCUGUGGGUCAGUUGUCUGUCUGUCACACUGUCUGUCUAACACUUGCAAACAUAAGCACAUAAACAUCAUUUACUAUUUAAGUAACAACGUGGUGUUUUUUUUCUGUUUGUUAUUGUUUUUUCUUUCUUUCUUUCUUUCAUAGUGAGAAUAAAAUAGUUUGUAAGCAGGUUUUUGUUUGUUGAAGGCAGAUGUGGAGACAUGUGUCUCUGUUACAUUCAUUCCAGAAUGUUUUUGCUUUGUUAAAACACAAAUACAAGACUUGAUUUGUGAAAUGUUUCUGUUAUAAAAAAAACUUCUCUGA